CUGGGCGAUAGCGUGUGGUAGUAGAAUACAGACAGUGUUUUGUUUUGUUCAAAUAUAAAGAUAAUGUUUCUUUAAUUUUAGAGUGUGAUUUUAGUAGGCUACUCAGUGGAUGCUGGAUCACGUUCAUAGGUUUCUGAGAUGAGCUCCGAUGUGGUUUGGGAUGCGCAGUGCGCUUUGCUGCCGCUGCUGACUGGGACUGCUGCAGUGUAAACAAGACUGUCCGAGCCUGCAGCGCUGCUUUCUGUGGGCGGAAAGAUAACCACACAGUUGAUUUUUCAUAUUAAAGGAGAACAGUUUCAUCAUGGACCCUUCGUCGUUUUUCAGUGCGCAACGACGUCAUUUCUGCAGCGGAGAAACUAGCUUGCUUUUUUAAAUAAACUGGACAAAUCUGUCAGCCAGCACAUCUGCUACCUCUAUGCAACCAGCAAAUGUAGAUCCUACCGUUUGAUUAAUCAGAUGGACUUUGCUGUUGAGGGAGUAGCCUACCAACUGUUCCUUGUGUCGCAGAACAAUGAGUGACAACCAGGAAACAUCAGAUGCUGAUGAGGACACGACUCCGGCCGAGAGCGCGACCUUGCCGCUCCGGCCGCCGUGCGACCGCCUCCCUUGCCACAAGAGCAGCGUGUGCUCCCGCUCCUACUUCGUGGUAGUGAUGGUGUUUUUUCACGUAUACAUCAUUAAUGUUAUAUUACUGCUAUUUUACGUGCACUACAACAGCGGGCAGGAAGACGCCAGCCGGAGUCGUGACGCUCCGAGCAGUAACCACCAGCGCCCCGAGUCGCGACGUCCGCCAUCAAAGCCCGAGUUCCUGCGUGAUGUUUCCCUAACAAGACUCGAGGGGAUAAGGGUGGGACACGUCCAGAAGGUGUCACUGGUGCCAGGCAAAGUGCAUGAAAUGCGGACUCUGAGCAUGAAACCUCUGCUGUUUGAGAUCCCCGGGUUUUUGUCAGACGAUGAGUGCCGUGUUGUGAUGCAGCUUGCACAGCUAAAAGGACUGAUAGAAAGCCAGCUAAUGGUGCAAGACGGCCAGGAGGAGCUGGCCAAGGAACUCAACCUCAGCCCAGAGGAGAUCUUCAACCUUCUUGAUAUCAACCAGGAUGGACAAUUACAGCUCCAUGAGAUACUGACUCAUUCUCGAGUAAGGGACGGCAUCUGGCUUACACCGGAGAAUCUGCGAGAAAUCUAUGCUGGGCUCAAAGCUGACAAGGAUGGUAAUGGUUUGCUGAGUCUGGAAGAGUUCAGGCUUCUGAGCAAUGAUGCCUUCCAGCGCUUCCUGCUGCAGCGAGGGGUGAAGAGGAGUCAGCUGGUGAGAAACAGCAGACACACCUGGCUGUAUCAGGGUAAAGGAGCACACCAGGCCCUCCAAGACAUUAAGACUAAGGUGACACGGCUCACUCGGCUCCCGCCUGCAUUAGUGGACCUCAGUGAGCCACUCCAGGUGGUUCGCUAUGAGGAGGGAGGACACUACCACGCCCACCACGACAGCGGCCCUGUGUAUCCUGAAACAGCUUGCACACACACGCGCCUGGCAGCCAACACAUCCACUCCUUUUGAGACGUCUUGCAGGUACAUCACAGUUCUCUUCUACCUGAACUCUGUUGAGGGAGGUGGGGAGACUGCAUUUCCUGUGGCAGACAACAGGACCUAUGAUGAAGUGUCUCUAAUACAGAAUGACGUCGAUCUUUUGGACACCAGAAGGAAUUGUGACAAGAGUAACCUAAGGGUGAAGCCUACCAAAGGGACAGCUGUUUUCUGGUACAACUACCUUUCUGAUGGAAGAGGUUGGGUGGGAGAGCAGGAUGAAUAUGCUCUGCAUGGAGGCUGUAUGGUCACCCAUGGCACUAAGUGGGUCGCAAAUAAAUGGAUCAACAUUGAUCCAGAUUACCAGCGGCAGGCUCGCUACCAGCAGCUGGUUUCACAGCAGUCAGAAGAUGAGGAUGAAGAAGGUCUGACUCCAAACCCAGACAUACAGAAUUCUAAUAUUCAUCAAGACUUGUAGCUCAUAAACCAAAUUUAUAUACAGUCAAAAAAAAAAUCUACCUAGCCUUCCUUAGUCCUGUGCACAACGCCUUUGGCAACAUCCUCCGUGGCCAGUAUGUAGAGACAAGAUUUAUUCAGGGAAUGAGGUCACACUGGGUUUAUGCAACUGUAAAGAUAUGCUUUUGUUAAAUAAUGCUUGGAUAUUGUUAUCCUGUUAUUUUUGAAACUCUAAUAAUUUCCCAUUUCAGGAAUGUUGCACUAGAAACUCAUUGAAGGAGUUGAGACAAAAAAAUUCCUUUGCAUGCAUUAGCUUCACAGAUUUUGUUGUUGCUAUGAGCAGAAAUUGCACUUAAAAAUUGAAAUGGCUACUGUAAACAUUUCAAUGUCCUACCUUGUCAUUGCUGCCAUUACCAAAAAAGGCUCACACAUUGUCAGUGUGAAGCAUGUUGUCUUGCUACUUGUAAUCCUCAUUUUCUACCAGAUUCUUCUUGAAACGUGUUGUUUGUAUGUUUAAUUUAAUUAUAAGUUUAUUUUGUUUUCUCUACACAUGCACUCUGUCAUUCUCUCACGUUGAAUAAAAGUAACUUAAGCU